UGAGAAAGACGUCGGUUGUCCAAGUAAAUAAACGUCGGUCUCUCUAAUCCUAAAAUCGCCGAUUCAAUUCCUAGGGUCACCACCAUCGCUUAGCUAUCUUGUUAUCGAUAAAGGGUGAAUUUGAGUUUUAUCGAAGAGGAUGGAUUUCGUCAACAAUCUUGAUACCGACACGUCGCUAUCGAUUCUUUCUUGUCUAGAUGAUCCUUCAGAUAUUGUCCGUGCUAGUGCUGUCUCACGCUCCUGGCGACAAUUUGUGAUUAAGUAUAGUCUCUCCAGGAAUCUAUGCUUGAAGUUGUUCCAUCAGCUAUCUAAUGUGGAUCAUAUAGUAGAAACAAGUAAUGAUAGUAACGAAGCUUCAUCUGAAGCCGGGUCAAGCAGUCUCAUCGAUACAAGGCUACUUGAAAAACAGCACCGGGCUUAUGCUUUAUUGGCUAGAGGAUGCAUGUCGUCCCCUAUCCAAAGCUGUAUAGCUGAUGCCAUUAUAGCUUCCAGUACUGAUAAUUUCCCAGCAGAGAGCAUCUUAAACACACUCGAAGAAAGAGAUCGGAUUGGUCGAACCCCUUCAUAUUGGUCGAGUACAGGGCAACACAGAACUUCGGUGCCCGAAACACUUCUUUACAGGUUGAAUGGUGAUUUGUGUGUCAUUACUGAAAUCAACAUUCAGCCUUUCCAAGCUUAUUUUCAGCGCGGUCGUCCGAUAUACUCUUCACAUUAUGUUCGUUUCCGGUUGGGUCACCACAACGAAAAUUCACCCAACUGCAACAAUUCACAGGAUAAAAAAGGUGAGCCGGGAAAGAGUUCAGUUGAAAGCAACUAUGUAUGGACUUACACUUCACAAGAGUUUCCGAUGGCUCAGGAAAAUCGAUUGCAGAGCUUUAAGCUUCCAGAACCUGUUCUUUGCAUUGGUGGGUAUAUCCUAGUCGAGUUUCUAGGUAGAGUUCAGACACAAGAAAUGGAUGGCCAGUACUAUAUAUGCGUGUCACAUGUCAAAGUGGAGGGAAGAUCUCUAGCAAAGUCAUUUCGAGUUGAGAAUGUGGAUGACAAUGGAAAAUUUGGAUUGAAGGUUUUGAGUUACAGUGAUCCGAAAGAAACGGAGGAGAUGGAUGCAGAGGCGGGGCAGGAGAUGGAUGCAGACGCGGGGCAAACUCAGCUGAGAAACCUUGAACAGCUCUUGAAUUUGUUGCACAGGCAUCCUCUCGAGGUUGUCAACUAUGUUUGGCCUGAAUCAGACGACGAGUAUGCUGAAUCAGAAGAUGAGGCUUAGUUACUGAAUUACUAUUUCCAGUUAUUUCUUCUUUUUGGCUUUAAUUUUUAAAGAAUCUUUUAGGUGUUUUUUCAUCUUUUGUGAGCGGUUUUAAAAGCUUUCUUCUCCAGCCAUCCUUAUUAAACAUUGUGUUAAAGACCUUAACCGAAAGUUAACAGCCAUUUUGGCUCUCUCUUAUCUUUCGGUGUUGUAAAGAUUGUCAAGUUUCGGAAAUAAUAAUUAUCGGCGAAGUAGUAGAUGCAAAA